AUGCAGUCGACACAAGGCGAAGGCCCUAAUAUUGGAGGAGUCUCUGAUGUACGACAGACAGACACAGGUAUUGCAGCAGUAGGGUGGCUGAGGACUCUUGAAUCUGGGAGUGGCGAGCCGGUGCUUGGACGUACCGCCGCAAAGCUGAAAUCCGCAAAGCUGAAAUCCCCUGAUGCCUUUGCUUCAGGGAUGGCUUCCGAAGUAAAGUCCAGUGAGUUAAUAGAAGAGAGUGAAGGCGCUGGAGAAGAUCAGAGCGAACAUGAAGAAUGCCAGUGGCCGGUGGACGCAAGUCAUUUGCCACCAAGUGCGGCGCCGUCCACUGUAUGCAUCUUAGCUUCGGCGAAUCUACCGGUUCGCACCGUCCCAAAAAUACCGCGUAGCUCAAAUGACCCGCGGUUGCAUCCCUAUGUGCGGAUGCCAGUGGUGGAAGCAGGCGUCGUCCCUCACGACUUCGACCCAUCAGGAGUAUUCGCUCCAUCUUCGAAGAGCUUUCCGUUUACCAAGAGUUUACAUGAGAUGCGGCAGCUGUUUGCAAAGCCAACGCUUAAUCAGCAAGACGUAGAUAUCCUGAUGGACAUGGCAAGGGGGCUGGCGAACAACUUAUGGUUGAAGGCGGCGUCAACCCUUAGACAGGUGCGGCCAGUGUUUGCAAGUGCAAGUUUAGGGAACACUUUCUUGGCGAUGGACUACGUGGUGUCUGCAGUUGAACUUUUGGGAGGCCACAUGAAACUGGAUAUGUGGUGGGAGAACUUUGCACAAGCUUUUGACACAAAUUACAAUUUGCCGCCAUCGACCGAAUUUCAUAGAAGUUCUGCAAGGUUCAAUGCAUAUUUGGCCAACCAACUCCUUAACGCCUUGAGAAUCUACAAAACAAGAAGACGCCCUCCUUUGACCCUUGUGAUUGAGCUGAAGCGAAACCUGUUUUUUGCUGCUCAUUCCCCUCCACUGUUCAAGAGUUCUCAGUGGGACCCUUGGAGGCAGGAUCAUAAUUUUUUUGAGGAAUUUGGAUAUGAACCGCAGUGA